GUUGGUCGAACUGUGGCCGAUUCUGGACUGAUAUGAGUUAUGCGGGGAAUGGGCAGCAUGCCCAGAAUCAAGGGAACCCCAUACAGUACGCGGGCGGUAUGGCGGGAUCGGUACCUGCUCCGCCUGGAGUGCUGCCUUCUGGCGCGGUGCCUCAGUACACGAUGCCAGCUCCUGCGGGACAGGCGGUACAAGCCGGGCAACAGGUGAUGAUGCCUGGGCCACAUCCGACAAUGGCGGCGGCACCACCAGGCUCCAUGAGUGCGUUUGGAUAUCAGUUGCAACAUGGACAAUGGGGCUUGCAAGCGUGGCCGGCCAGCGGACACUGGCCUGCGAUGAUGCUUGCGGCUAUGCCAGCGGCGAUCCCGGCGAUGUCUGGUGCAGUGCCGUGGGUUAAUCCUGCUGCGGGUAAUCAGCCAGCGUCGGCGCUACCUCCGGCACAGAAUGUGCUGCCUACUAAUGGCACUCGCCCUGGGAACUCAGGUGGAAAGGGACCGGCCGCUAAUGCAUUUCCGGGACCUGGCUUGAGUGGUGUAUGAGUAGAAGGGUUGAGUGUAGUCCUUGAUGGUGUAGAAUCAGGGACUGUUGGAAGGAGGUGAUGAUGCCAUGAUAUUAAAACUCA